CCAUUUUAGAGUGUUCUCUCAACAAAUAUUUAGAGUAUUCUCUAAAAAGAGUAUUCUUAGAGUAUACUUCUUAAAGUGUUCUCUCAAAAGUGUAUUUGAAACAAUUAAGUUCAGUGCUGUGUUCAUAUGCUACAUCUGACAUCUUGACAGAAACCUCACCAGGGACACAGAAGCUGCGGUGGUGUAAGGGUAGAGGACAACCCACAUGAGGAGACUUUAGUCCUCGACGCGGCCGUCACAGGUUCAAUUCCAGCCUGAUGAUCUUUGCUGCAUGUCUUCCCUCUCUCACUUUCCUUGCGCUCUUCUGACUGAGAAGAUCUGGAAAACGACUCAUCUCUGUCCUGCCCCCCUUUAGCCAAUUAGUCAAUACAUUGCUGACUUCAAACCAACCCUGUCUGGCCGGCCCGAUUGGAACCGUGGCUUUCAGGGUUCUUGGAAGUGGGAUGGAACCGGGUUAAUGUAAGAAGUGCUAAUGGUUUGCAGUUCAAAAGGACUUAAAGUCCUGGUUGAAAUUUGCCACAAUGGGAUACAUGGUACAGGCUGCAUUAUGUUGUGCGACAUUUUUCUUCUGAAGGGACAGAGAAGCUUGUCAGAUUUGAGGGAAAUGGAGCUAAUUACAAGAUAACCCUGGAAGAUUUGAUAAGAGGUUUUUAGAAUGCUACAACAAACCCACCAAAAUGUAUGGUCUGAAAAUGUACCACUUGGUUUUGGUGAAACCAUCAGCCUGUAGUGUCACAGAAAGAUUUUAUUCAUUUUUUCUUUUCAACUGCUUUGUCUUUAAUGUUGUGUAUGAUGCAAAAUGAGUAAUUUUAAAAGAAACCUCAUGUUGUGUUUGUCUUGUAGCAAUGGAGGAGCUAGUGACCGAGCUUCGCCUGUUCCUGGACCUGCUGGACAGAGAAUAUCUGAGUGCUGGAGUCCGAGAGAAGAAGGUCCACCUCUCCAACAUCCUGCACCGUGUGCUUUCAGACAAAGAACCUUCAUUUAAAUCUGAGAUCCACAGUGGUUUGCCAGCCCCACCUCAGAUGCCCCUGCCAGAGAUUCCUCAGCCAUGGCUGGCUCCAAACAGCGACCCUCCUCCUCUGCCCAGCUCCUCUCUUCCAGAAGGUUACUAUGAGGAAGCAGUUCCCUUAAGUCCUGGAAAGGCUCCUGAGUACAUUACCUCUAACUAUGAUUCAGAUGCCAUGAGCAGUUCCUACGAAUCGUACGAUGAGGAAGAGGAAGAUGGGAAGAGUCAGAAGAUGCGUCACCAGUGGCCAUCUGAGGAGGCGUCCAUGGACCUUGUGAAAGAUGCCCGAAUCUGUGCUUUUCUGUUACGCAAGAAACGCUUUGGCCAGUGGACUAAACUUCUGUGUGUCAUCAAAGACAACAAACUACUGUGCUACAAAUCUUCUAAAGACCAGACCCCACAGAUGGAGCUCACUCUGUCAGGAUGCAGCAUCAUGCACAUCCCCAAAGAUGGCAGGAAGAAGAAGCACGAACUGAAGAUAGUCCACCAGGGGGCAGAUGCCCUGGUGCUGGCAGUGCAGAGCAAAGAACAGGCCGAGGAGUGGCUCAAGGUAAUUCAGUGAACCAGCACCUGCUUGUAAU